CGGAUGAGAAGGCGGCUCGGAGCGAGGCGUGACAGGCUGCGGCGCCAAGUUUCCGGGUUGAUGUAAAGUCCGGGUUGGCGGCCGCGGGUUCAGGCGCUCGAACUGUCACCGGAGAGCGGGGACUACGCGGAGCCAAUGCCCGCAGAAAUGGUCAGCAGUCAGCCCCUCUCCAUCAACGAUGCGGGCAAAAGGAAAAAGAAGAAGAGAAGGACCCGGGAUACGGAGAGCUUUACUGGGAAGUUUGCAGACCUUUACAAGCUGACGGACGAGCUUCUGGGAGAGGGAGCUUACGCCAAAGUGCGGGGCUGUAUCAGCUUACAGAACGGAAAAGAUUACGCCGUGAAGAUCGUAGAGAAGAAAGCUGGGCACAGUCGGAGUCGGGUCUUUCGUGAAGUGGAAACCUUGUAUCAAUGUCAAGGCAACAAGAACAUCUUGGAGUUAAUAGAAUUCUGCGAAGACGAUGCUCGUUUCUACAUGGUGUUCGAGAAGUUACGAGGAGGAUCUGUACUCUCUCACAUACAGCGGCGAAAGCAUUUUAAUGAGCGAGAAGCUAGUAAAGUUGUAAGAGACAUCGCAUCUGCCCUGGAUUUCCUUCAUACCAAAGGUAUUGCACAUCGAGAUUUGAAGCCAGAAAACAUAUUAUGUGAAUUUGAAGAUAAGGUGUCGCCAGUGAAAAUCUGUGACUUUGACCUCGGAAGUGGUGUGAAACUGAACAGUGCGUGUACCCCUAUAACGACCCCAGAGCUAACCACGCCGUGUGGUUCCGCCGAGUACAUGGCCCCCGAGGUGGUCGAGGUGUUCACAGAGGAAGCCAACUUCUACGAUAAGCGUUGUGAUCUGUGGAGCCUGGGCGUUAUUCUGUAUAUAAUGCUGAGCGGGUACCCGCCAUUCGUUGGCAACUGCGGCACAGACUGCGGCUGGGACAGAGGAGAAGUUUGCAGAGUCUGCCAGAACAAACUGUUUGAGAGUAUCCAGGUGGGCAAAUAUGAAUUUCCUGAGAAGGACUGGCUGCGCAUCUCCAACCAAGCCAAGGAUUUAAUCUCCAAGCUGUUGGUUCGAGAUGCCAACGAACGUCUGAGUGCUGCACAAGUUCUCCAGCACCCAUGGGUGCAAGGGGAUGCCCCUGAGCGAGGAUUACCGACCCCACUGCUGCUCCAAAGGAACAGCAGUACGAAGGACCUGACUCUUUUUGCAGCCGAAGCGAUUGCCCUGAAGCGCCAGCUUUCGCAACACGACAGCGACCUGAUCGAGGAACACGAGAACAUCAUUCAUGCCAUCUGCUCGAUGAGACUGUCUCCGCCAUCCAAAUCCCGCCUUGCGAAGCGACGGGCUCAAGCCCAUGCCAGGAAGGGCAGUGGUCCGCUAACUGCCUGACGGGCCGCUGUAGCCAAAUAGCCCCACAUGCCUUCCAUCUUUAAGCGUUGACAUGGCUAUCAUGUAGCGAUUGGUUUUGACCUAACCUUCAGCAGAAAGAAAGGUUAAUGCAGGUUGCGUUCCAAUUUCUUUUAACUUGCCACUUUUAACGUGGUAUUUUUAACUUAGACCGGUGCUUCUCAUUUAACGAAAGCAGUGGUACUGCCUUUUUUUUUAACAAAUGGGGAAAAGUCUUUUGAAUAACUGACAAUUAACUCUGUCCCUCCUGAGUUUCCGGUGUGCAGAGUUUGGGUACUACAGAAACCUGGAUAUUUUGCACUCAAGCACUUAACAGCAUAUUAAUUCAUUUUGGGAGAGCCCCCCUUCACCCCAUUCCGUGUCCUUAUUUAUUAUUUGAAAAUGUCUUUAAAUCUUUGAUAGCCUGUUGCCACAUUUAGCUGAAGUUUCACUGUAUUUUUGAAUAUGUACUGUAUCUUUAUAUUUUUUUUCUAUUCAAAUACCAUCGAUGAAUAAAGAUGGGUCACUAUGCUUUUCUUCUACUCAUCUCAGAAAGUUAAAAAUAUUUUUUUAUCACUUUAAAGUAUUUUUAUACGGGGGGAGCCGUCUUUGUAAAGAAGUAGGAAUGUAUGAUGUAGGCAUAUGUAGCUACCUUGUCACGGUAACACUUGUGACAAAUCUGCCAAACUCUUGACAACUUUUUUUUUUUUUUUUUUAAUUUGCAAAAUGUGAAGAUAUUGAAGGGUAUGGAGUCUGUUUGUCAAUGUUAUUUAAUACAUAUUACUAAAAUAAAUGCAACAAGUUUUUAUGUUUUAUGAAA